CACUGUUCUCCCUCACUGCCUUAUCCAAAGGAGCAGGGGCUGCUUUACUCGUGUUCCCGGCACAGUUAAUUGAAGUUCUGCCUCUUUCCUGCUAAACUUUUUCCCCAGUCUGCUUUUGCCAGCCCCCUCGUCUGAUUACAUCUAGUAAUUCUCCACUGAAUGAACGUCAUUUACAAUAGUAGGGGAGCUCUGCGCUCGCUGCUGCUUCACGCUCCAUUUGUCCUCCAUUCUCCCUUUAAAGUACUCGUGUAAUAUUAAUAGUCAUGAAUAUCAAUUAUUAUGAGGCGGUGUAGGCAAGCGGAGGGAGGAAGGGGCGCCGGAGCAGUCUGAGCCCAGCUUCGGGUGGAAGAGGACUGCAUCUGGAGCCCCGAAGAACGGCAGAAGAAAAGAGGCCAAAAAGACAGCAAAGAGACAGAUGAAUAGUUCUGUCUAUGUUAGUCCACACCUAUUCAUCCAUGGACCGGCACGAUGGUGUCCCGAGCCACAGCUCGCGGCUCUCCCAGCUGGGCUCGGUCUCCCAAGGACCCUACUCGAGCGCCCCGCCGCUGUCCCACACCCCGUCGUCGGACUUCCAGCCGCCCUACUUCCCACCCCCCUACCAGCCGCUCCCCUACCACCAGAGCCAGGACCCCUACUCCCACGUCAACGACCCCUACUCCCUGAACCCACUGCACCAGCCCCAGCAACAUCCCUGGGGGCAACGGCAGCGGCAAGAAGUGGGUUCGGAAGCCGGCUCUCUCCUGCCCCAGCCUCGGGCCGCCUUGCCCCAGCUCUCGGGCCUUGACCCCCGGAGGGACUACCACUCGGUCCGCCGGCCGGACGUGCUGCUGCAUUCGGCGCACCACGGCCUGGACGCGGGCAUGGGUGACAGCCUCUCACUGCACGGCCUCGGCCAUCCCGGAAUGGAAGACGUCCAGUCAGUUGAAGAUGCCAAUAACAGCGGCAUGAAUCUAUUGGACCAGUCUGUCAUUAAAAAAGUUCCAGUUCCUCCCAAAUCGGUGACUUCUCUAAUGAUGAAUAAAGACGGCUUCCUGGGAGGCAUGUCUGUCAACACCGGCGAGGUGUUUUGCUCUGUCCCAGGCCGUUUGUCUCUGCUCAGUUCAACUUCGAAGUACAAAGUAACUGUGGGAGAAGUUCAGAGACGGCUGUCGCCCCCUGAAUGCCUCAAUGCAUCUCUCCUCGGCGGAGUCCUCAGAAGAGCCAAAUCGAAAAAUGGGGGGAGAUCUUUGCGAGAAAGGCUAGAAAAAAUCGGUUUGAAUUUACCCGCGGGCAGGCGCAAAGCAGCAAAUGUCACGUUACUCACCUCCCUGGUGGAAGGAGAAGCUGUUCACUUAGCUCGGGAUUUUGGGUACAUUUGCGAAACGGAGUUUCCCGCCAAAGCCGUCUCUGAGUAUUUGAACCGGCAGCACACAGACCCGAGUGACCUGCACUCCCGAAAGAAUAUGCUGUUGGCCACCAAGCAACUUUGUAAAGAAUUCACGGAUCUACUGGCGCAGGACCGGACACCGAUAGGGAACAGCCGACCCAGCCCCAUCCUGGAGCCGGGGAUCCAGAGCUGCCUCACGCACUUCAGCCUCAUCACGCACGGCUUCGGCGCCCCGGCCAUUUGCGCCGCGCUCACGGCCCUGCAGAACUAUCUCACCGAGGCGCUCAAAGGCAUGGACAAGAUGUUCUUGAACAACACCACCACUAACAGGCACACGUCUGGGGAAGGCCCAGGUAGUAAAACUGGCGACAAGGAGGAGAAACACAGGAAAUGAAAAAUUUUUAAAAAAAGAAGGAAAAAUGUUUUAAAUACAAAAGGAAAAACAGACAAAAAUUUAAUUUUAGCUUUAAAAUAUUGGAUUGGCUUUGGAAGAAUUAUAUUAGGUAGAAUACACAUACAAUCAAAAUUUUAAAAAAGAGCUAAAUAACUUUAAAAAAACCUGAGGCGUACAACGGAGCAACAAUAUCGGUUCUCAGUGUCUAUUUCAAGAUACACUUGGAGACAACCGUCCGGAUUUUCCACUUCGGUUCUUUCGAGUUUAGUAAUACUGAUAAUAAAAGAAAACCAUGAUUUCCCCUUCCCUUUGGAAAAUAAACAUAAGACUAAACAUGAGAAAAACGCUAACUUAUUGGAAGAAAAUCGGAGAAACGUUGGUGUCAAUGCUUUGAGAGCUGGUUGACUGAGACGCACGAACUUUUUAAUUUUAAAUAUAUUUUUAGGAAACUCUCUCGCAGUCCCCGCCCUCCAUCUCACCUCACCCGUCUCCCAACCACCCUUUUCCAUGUUACCCUCCCUUCCUCACAUUGUUACGGAAAUCUUCUGGGAUGAAAAUGAGUGUGGUUGGCCCUUUUGCGUUGUUUCAGUCCUCUGGGUAACCCCCCCCCGCCCAGCCCUGCGAUCUUAACUCACCGGGCCCGGCUCCCCGGCCGCUUGCAUAAUUAGGGAGGGCGAGGGCGGGGCGGGAGGCCUGCGGAGACCAGGCGGAGGCUGCAGUUUUUGGUGCCGGCCGGCAGAGCAGGUUCUGGCGGCUGAGGAAAAUCCGGACCAAUAAGUUGAUUCAGACUCAUCAUCAGUUCCUUUCAGAAAUGUUACUAGCUCCCAGCCUUGCCAGCAUCUGCAUAGAGAGAAUCUCACAUUUAUUAUAUUUGUGUCAUCUACUAAUUUUAUGAACUAUAGUAAACACACACACACACACACACACACACACACAAUAUGAAUACGUUGAUUAGUAUGUAAUUCCUUCGGAGGGGUAUGUACCAUUUCAUUCUCUUCUGUUUUCCAAAGCUUUGCCCGCAUGGUUUAUGAGCUUCUUCAAAGAGGACUUGGGCUUCCUACACAAUCUAUAAGGUACAGAGAAAAAAAAAUCCGAUCCCUUUUUAAUCAAAGCCUGUGUGUCAGAAUUCUGCAGGUGCACUUCUUUAAAGAAGCUCAAAGGGAAUAAUUUAGAAAGUGGCCAAUAUGAUGGAAGCAGCUUUGAAUCUACAUGCUAACAUUCCUCAACACUCCAAUUCCGGUGGAGGUGGCAGGGGAGGGGGUCUGCAAAAUGACUUUUAAGGGAAAAGAGUAAGGAUUCUUAGAGCCCUAUAUUCUAAUAGUAUUGCCCUGCAUUUAAAAUUGAUUUGAUUUCCCUGGGUUCUUUGGUGAUUGCUGUUUAAGCGAGGAAAGAAGCAGAUUUACCAGUGGACGUGGGGAGGAGGGCGGCACAAGUGCCCACAUUUCUGUAACAAUUGCUUUCUUACAAGAUGCUUUAUGAAUGAGGCAUUUUCCCCCCCAGACGUGCACUUGUUUUGGCAUAUAAUGGCAAAAUAAUGCAAAGUGAAGGGAGAUGUAUUUCAGCUUUGAUUUUUACCGUCUGGAUACAUUGGGACUAUUCCCAGUGGAUAAAGUUUCAUGCAUUUAAUAUUUCUCACUUCUGGCAGCCCAGCUCCCUUCUUGGGCUCCAUCUUAGCAUUAUCAUGAAAUAAGAUCUGGAAUCCAUUGUCUGCACCUCCGCAAAAGCAGUGAGAAAUUAUCCCGGGAUAGGGGUGAAUGAGAGAGGUCUCUAAAUAUAGUGUAGAUACACUCACCUAUUUAACAAAGUAGACAAGAUCUUUUCAAUACCCCUUAAAGAUAACGAUAUAGAUGUUGUUCUGCAGGAUUUAUAGUUAGGACCCACUCAAUUUUCCAGGACUCCCGGUUUUGCGCCCCUCCAGGUUUGCCUUUGUGGGGUGGGGAUUGGGGGGGUGGGGAUUGGGUUGGGGUUUUAGGAACCUGCUGAGAGCUUUGCCCAUUUUUAUUAAAAGAGGAAGGGGAAGUUAGGAAGCUGAUCUCAGGUCACCAAAAGGGCCCAAGCAACUGUUAGGGCCACACUGCAGCCCAUCUCCAACCCCUAGCUUCGUUUAGCACUUCUGAUCUUCAGGGCCCAGCCCUAGAACUGUUGAGAGGAAUACAAUGGCCAAGAACCAGACGUUACAGAGAGUGUAGUCACUCUCUUUUCCCAGCUCAGAGGCCUGCGCCUUCGUCCGAGAGCCUGGCCUAUCGCAUUAGAUGUGUUCUGAUUGCACAAGGCCAGGAGAGACCACACUGAAAACGAUCGUCUCCUUUCCUUGCAGGGCAACGCGCCCCACGCGUGUGACGUGCGAGAGACGCGAUGGACGCGCCUUGCUCUUACUGUGCAGGUCCUGAGAGCGUGUGGGCCACAGGCGCCCAGUCGUGUUGAGGACAUAGAAUCAGCCGCUGGAGGGGCUGCCGACUGCGCGGGCCCUUCCCGCUCUCGGUCUCACCCUAAGGGCUAAGGCGACCGAGAAAGCCCCAUUCUCCAGUAGGUAAUGGGGAGGCGCCCGGUGGGCUGCAGGUGGGGAGGGCUCCCAGCGCCGCCAGCGGCCACCCGGGGCGCCCGCUCCUGGAGGGAGAGUGGCCUAGAAAUAUCCAAGGAAUCCGAAGCUUCCCCUCCUCCACGUCUGCCAGUACGGAAACACCCCACCGUCACAAUCCUAAAGCGGGGAGAUGGGAUGGGAAUUGUCUUACGUGGCAAGGCAGGGUACCUUCAUUGCCAGACGCCCUCAUUUAUGUGUUCCUCCUUGCUCCAGCGAGAUAGAACCUUUUGCGCCCCCAACCCCGUUUCGUGGAGUGAGCCCAUUACCCCUUCUCCCUCCCUCACUUCUCCUUUCAUGUAGGACCCCCGCCCCCUUGCUUUCCUUAGCCAGGCCCGCUACAUUUAUCUGAUAAUUGAAUUAUUAAAAGAUUUGGUUUCCUUGGGCCUAUAAAUCAAUAAACAGUAGGAUUAACGCAAUAGUUUGCCUUUUAAGUCAAGGGAAACGUUUAAGGCAAGCCCCUUUGAGCUUUGUUUUCAAACCAAACAGGUGAGUUGCAGCUCUCCCCCCUGGCCCCUGAACUCUUCAGACAUUUGGUCCCUGCCCGCUCCUAAACGCUCAGUCCCAAAACAAAACAGCGAAAGACAGGAGGUGUCAGGAUGUGGCAGUGCUGCCUUCGCACUUUCCACUUCGCAAGUUCUUUUAAAAGUUCCAAAGAUCUCCAGACCAUUCUCUGCCCAACCUGCCGCCUCCUGCACGUUUUGUAGGUCUCUGGGGAGCAAGAAAUGUCCUGUGUGGGUGAGGAUUCCGUCAUCUAAAAAGACCUUUAAUUCUCCCCCAAAGUGGGAAGGUAACUUUCUCCCCCUUUCCCCACCACAUUCACUCCUACACCCCAAAUUACCUUGCAUUUUCUUUCCUUCUUUCUGGCCUCCACACCCAUAGCUUUCUCCACCCCCACUUAAAGAACCGAAGAGGCUUUCAAAGACCUGUCUGCUUUGUUUUCCUUGGCCAAGGAAGCCACUUUCUCUCCAGCAAUUGUUUCAUAUCCUAUGAAAACUUUGGUCGAAUGGAAAACUCGAAACCUCAAGCUUAUCUACACACUGUUCCUCUGCUACAAUGCGUUCCUAGUUAAGAGUGUUUAUAGAGAAUUUGUCAUCACAUCUGAUAUCCUGUACUUGUAAUACAUUAUGUGGAAAGGAAAUAACCUUAAACCAUCUGAUGUUGCCUCAAGAGCCCAAACGGUGUUUCCCCCACCUUUGACGAUGUAUGUGAAAUUACUGGCUAAAAAAAAAAAAAGUAUCAAUUUUUUUUUUUUAAUAGAAUGAACACUAUCCUUCUUUAAAUGCCAAAAUCGACUCCACUUUUGAGUUGGUCUCUAAUUAUCUAACAUUGUUUUUGCCACACAAUCAAGAAAUAUCAAUCUAUUGACUCUUCACGAGAAGAGCUCUGGAGGGUAUUCAUGUUAAGUUUGUAUAUAUUUAUUUAUGCUUAAUUUAAUGGGAAUGUGUAAAUAUGGCGAGCAAGUAGUUUGGGAUUAUUUAUCUGUGAAUCUAUACCUCUGUGAAUGGGUGGUUAAAAAACCGCUUGACCCUAGAUAGAAUCCUAUCUGAAUUUUUCUGUUCUUUAUAAACAAGCUGUUAUGGUAAUGGGUAGAAAUUGGUUUAUUGUCCAGUGUUAAUCUGAUUUACAUAAAUAAAAAGAUUGUUGUGUUUUUGUUGUGUUUUCAUCUUCAGUUUCUUAAAUGUGGACAAUGUUAAUUCUACCGACAGAGGAAAAGUAUAAGAAGAAGAUUUUUACUUUUUGUCCUCCCCCAUCGAAGCACCCACAGCGUUUUUGUUACAACAGAAAUAUAAUAAAUUUUGCUUCUCAGAAAAAUGAACACUUUUUUUCACUAGGAAGUGUUUUUGAUUUUUUUAAAUUCCAAAUUUACAUUCUUCUCUCCUUUUUCUAACCAGAUUUGCAAUAAAAGCUAAUGUUAACUGAAUCUUUUGGUUUCUUCCGCCCUUUACAAAUCGAGGAGUCAAAUUUGCUUCCCAGGUAACUAGAGGACUCUGGGUCGCUGUCAGAGAUGAUGCUCCCUUCCCACUGCUCGUGGGUUGGCAUUCUGGCAUGGUGUUCUAAGAAGGAGAUGGUGCACGGUGCAGGAGAAGUCUUCAGGGCUGGGUGUGGGCUCCUGCACCCCUCAACUUGGGAUAUGAAGGAGUUAACCCCCAUUUCAGGAUUUAACCCGACCCUGACCUCAUUAGCAGUGCAAGGCCUUCCAUAAACAAUGGAGGAAAAAGCUCCCUCAACUGAGAAGAGGAAGAAAGUGUACAUGUCUUAGGAAUUUGGGGGCUCCUACACUAGGCUUAGAGGCUGCCUAGAGAAGCCAGAGCUUUUCACACCUGGGUUAAUAGGCUUCAGCCCGGGCCCUAAUGGGCUGCAGUGAUCAAACAUCGUCUCAAUCUGUAUUUUAUUCCAAGGCUUAGGUGUCUUCCUUGAGGCCAGGAAAGCAAAAUCAUCCACGAUGUUAUACAGUUUGGAUGAGUCACUGUUCCUUUUUGCGCCUCAAGGUCUUUAUCUGUAAAAAUAAAUAUGGACCUCCUAAGGUCCUUUACUUCAUCAAUAUUGCCUAUAGUUUAAUUAUAAAAAGCAGAAACAGCAAACUGUAUAUGAGUUUAAGGAGAAUUGGAAACAUUAAAUCAUGAUGAUCCCAGAUUUAUAUAUAAGAAUGCUUAGCAUAUAGUUUGUUUUCAGUUAAUAAUAUGCCUCCCAUACCAAUUUUCUGUUUUUAAACGUGAAUCUUUUUCAAUUGGACUUCCUUAUAGGGAAAAGCAGAAGGAACAAUGGAAUCUGCUUUAUUUGAGAUUUCCCCUUUCCUGUCCUAUUAAUUAAAAGCGGGGAGAUCAUGGCUAGAACUAUAAAUAGUGGAAUCAAAGAAAAGUAAAAAAAAAAAAAAAAUGGGGGAUAAAAGGAAACAAGGAAGCAGAGAAAACCAAGGGAUGUGUGCUUAUGAGGACAUACAUUUAUCUAGAAAAAAAUAGAUAUGUCUUAUUCUCUGGUUCAAUUGUUACAUCGAGUGUUCUUUUCAUUUGCUUUACAGAAGAUGGGACUUGGUUACCACUGGGAUUAUACAAAGCAGGUGGUGGGUAAUUUCCAUAUCCUAUGGCAAUUUUUCCUGCUCAAGGUUAGCACGAGCCCUUGAUAAACCGACCUGCAAUCUAUUAUCCCACAGGUAAGCUCCAGGCUACUCCUGCCCACCACCGCCACUUGGCAAAGAGAGGGUCUGAAACAAUCACCUUUAGUAAGUAAGACCCAAGAUUUUGAGGAGCCUGAAAAUAACUGAAGGAAAGACCUGGCAAGAAGAACCAAAAAGGGAAAGAAAAGGGGUUGGAAGCUGGAGACAGCCUUGACUAAGACAGCCCUAGGCUGCGUGUCACAGCUCCCCGGCCCCUUUGUUACAGUGUUAGGAGGCUGUAGAGGGAGUAAGGAAAGAGCAGUAGCUAGAACCUCUAGGUCGUUGACCGGCCCAGCGCGGGGACCCUGAGACCGCAAGAUCCGGUGGGCGGCUUACGGUGCCCCAGAACGCACCCGCCGGCUCGUGUUAGCGGGUUAAGGGCUUGAUUAAAAAUAGUGCUGGAAGGAAGACCCGAUUAUUUUUUUAUGAAGCCACAUUCUUUUUCUUCAUUUGCAAAUAACAGUUUCGUAGGGUCCCUCCCCAGGGACCCUGGGCGCCGGAGUUAGGGGCCACCUGAGAGUUGCUGGCCCGGUGGGAAGUGUCCCUUCCUGAGGGCGCUCACGGCUUCUUGGGGCAAGCUGCCUUCCACGCUUGGACUUCGAGGGCGGUUGUCUGUCAUGUUGAAGCCUCAGAAAUUAAACAUGCAGCUCACAAGUCCAUUAAUUUUAGCUUCCCAUUAAUCUAUUUAUAAGUGAGCCAGCGCUUGCUCUAUAAAUACAGUCCUAUAAAAUUGAACUCCUUCCCAUAAAUCUUCCAAGUUGUUUAUUUACAUGUAUUCCCUGGCUUUCUAACGAUCCUGGUGUAAACUUGGGGAAGACUCGGGCAGACCCGACCCACGACGGGGGGAGGUGCGCUCUCCUCCCGUUCCUCCCCGCCGGGAUCGCGGUCUCCUAGGGGAGGGAGGAACUGCGCGCGGUCGGAGGGAGUGGAUAAAAAAGAGAGGGCGAAAACUCAUUUUUCCUUCUUGACUUUGUUUCCUUGUUUCUAUCCUAAACUCGCAGUCUCCAUAUUUCCCAUCACACGCUCCACGGUGAUUUAUAUAGUCAUAAACAGCAUUCUUGCGACUGUAGCUCCUCUCAUAGCUUGAGGUGAGCUCCUUUUUCACUUUCCUGGCAGCCACUACUUUAAAUCAGGCCUCAUAAAUAACCCCAUGGGCUUACUCAGGAUGAGGUCAGUCAAACAUCUCCCCGGGUCUACUUUCCCGGCUUGGGUCCCGCCAUGCCCCUCCCCUGGGUCACAUGCUGGCGCACUCCCACUGUCUUUCCUUCAGGUUUCUAGAGCUCAAUCACCGACACCAGUUGGGAGACUGGGUAAUAACACACGCUCUGGGCACAGGGACCGCGGGCCAACGAACCGCGCGUGCGCCGCGCCAGCCUGCGUCGAGCCGCGCA